UUUAGACAAAAAAAUUAAAAAAAAUUAAGUACGCUAUGGCUCUAGCGCACAAAAAUGCACCUGGGCUUUAGCCUUUAAGACUCUAGAAGAAACUUCACUUUUCCUCUACCCUUUGUUCCUUGGAGGCGUCAGCCAUGGAUCGAUCCCGCAUCUUCAUUUCCCAGCAUAAAUAUGAGGGCGUAAGAUCUCAAACACUAUCGAAUAUCAAAGUCCAUAGUCCAGCAACGAACUUCUUCACCAUUCUCUACAUUCCAUCCAAAUAAACUAGACGGCUACAUUACAAACUUUGUUGUUUCAUUCUUAGCACACCCUUUUCAGCAAGGAAACAAUUAAAUUAACUUAUUAGUUUGCCAUUUAUCGAUCAAAAUGGACAGUAUAGUGAAGUUGGCAUCGCAAAAGGCAGUGGUUAUCUUCAGUAAGAGUUCAUGUUGCAUGUGUCAUGCAAUAAAGAGGCUGUUCUACGAGCAAGGCGUGAGCCCUAUGAUCUAUGAGAUUGAUCAGAUUCCAAAUGGUAAGGAAAUGGAGUGGGCUCUCAUAAGAUUGGGGUGCAAUCCUUCUGUGCCAGCAGUGUUUAUAGGUGGAAAUUUUGUGGGCUCGGCAAGUACUGUCAUGACUCUUCAAAUCAAUGGAUCGCUAAAGAAGAUGCUCAAAGAUGCUGGAGCUCUAUGGCUUUAAUUGGUGAUAUAUCUAUAUAUGUAAGCUGACUACUUUGCUUUUUGUAUGUAUUUGUCGAAUGAUUUCACAGAAGGAACUCUAUGAUAAUGCUGUAAUUUGUAGGAUAAUUAACAAAUGAGUGUCUAAAGCAUUGUUAACAUGGUAUUUUGGUAACGAAAGUUCUAACGUGUGAUCGACUUUAUGAACUAUACAUACAUAGUGAUUCUGUUGUA